UCCAUCUGACUGACAGUGAUUUAUUUACAAACUAUCGGCUUUGCAGUAAGAACGUAAUUUUUUCCAGUGAAAUUUAUAUUUUAAUUGAAUUUGUGCGUAUUUCUGAUCAAAUAAUGGCUAUGAAUCGUAAACAAUGGAGAAAAUACAUAAAGAAAACCCGACGCAAGAAGAUCCGGCAGAAACUGGCCCAACACCGGGACGCUGCAGAAGCCAAAGCGGAAGCGCUCAGGUUAGCGGAUCCGGACUACGUUAUGUAUCUUCGGGAAAGGGAGCAACUAGAACGAAUGGCAUCCGAAUGGGAAGAGGAACGGCGCCGUUUUGAGAACGCUCUUUGGCUGGACCGCGAAAAGGAGGCUCAAUCCUUGUUUGCCGAAAAGCGCCAAAAAUUAGAGGAAGAACAACGGGACGAGAAGGAGAAGCGAGACCGGAUAAGAAAGGAGUUCGAAGAAAUGGAAAUGAAAGCUAAAGCGGCCAAGGCAGAAAAGGAGCGUCUGUUGCAGGAAUUCCUGAAGAAGCAACAGGAACGGGAACGGAUGUUUGCUGAAUAUUUAGUGGGCAUAGAUGAUCAUUUGCCGGUGUUGCGUGAGUCCAGUCAUUCGAGGCCAGAUCGAAAUCCUUGUGUAUUUUUCGGGAAAGUUGGUGCUUGCCGGUUCGGCGUCAGGUGUUCCUCCGACCAUGCAAUUCCUGGACUUAGCGAGCUGCUUCUUUUGCCAAACUUUUUCGCCCACCCGGCGCUAGAUCACCAGCAACAUCCGGAAUAUGGUUUGGAUUCCAGCAUAGAAUUCGACGAUGAUGAGCUGUAUCGCAGUUAUACGGAAUUCUUCAUGGAUGUUAUUGAAGAGUUUGAAUCGUUCGGUCCGAUAAGUGGCUUUUUUGUUACUCGAAACUUUGAACCACACCUAAGAGGAAACGUCUACGUACAGUAUGAAAAAGUUAGAGAUGCUGCCAAAGCCUAUCAACGAAUGAAUGGGCGCUUUUACGCAUCGAAACAACUCCGCGUGGAAUUCCGAGCGCCCAUUGUCUGGACUGCAGCCGUUUGUGGUAAAUUGAUCGAGACCUGAAGAGUUUUUUGCCGCAGGUUUACAUAUUUGAAAUCAUUUGCCAUUCUUAGGGCUUUUCGAGAGAUCCCGGUGCCAGAAGGGCAAAUCAUGCAAUUACUUACAUUUGCUGGUGAAUCCAGUCGCAAAGUACCGAUACGACCAUUUCAAAGAGUUGCAAUCUGCUAGGCAAUCACAGAGACAAUCCCAACGUUCGCAGUUAAUAGAAAGGUCAUGGGACGAUGUUGACAUACCAGCCAAACAAAGGGCCAAUUGGCGUUGGUCUGAAACUCCUGAAGUCGAGCAGCCAUCUCACAAAUCCAGAUCAACAUCGACCACAUCUGGUCUUCGUAAAAAUCGAUCUCGUAGUCGAGAAUCCGCCGAUUCUUCACGUAACAGGUCUUCCAGCUCCCGCCGGUCCAGAAGCCGUAAUAGAUCGAGGCAUCGAUCGCGUGAACGUGAUCGUCGCGAAGAAAAACAAAAACGACACAGUCGCAGUCGUAGUCGAUCGCCAGAGAGGAAGAAAAGUAAAACGAAGAAAAAGAAAAGAAAUAGAUCGAGGAGCAGAUCAUCAAGGACUAGUAGAGAAAAAUCUAAGAAAAAAUCUACGAAAUAAUAAAAUUGACUUGUUUUCAAAAUAAAAGCGAUUGUUGAUAGCGAU